AAGCCAGUCACUUCUACUCCUCUGAAAUGGUGGGGCGUGGAAUGAAAUGAAGUCUGGGAAUAUCCUUUCGAAAUCUCGACAGCGGUUGAAAUGUGCGUGCAGUAUAUCGUGGCUGCGGAACAGGUUUACCUGAGCAAGCUGAAAAGAUCUGGGUCGAAAAGGCUGCAUGCACUUCACCGCUUAACAGAUUCCGCACACUAGGAAAUCCAGUCCUGGAUUUGCUUUGAGCCCUAUCCCUGGGAUCAGUGAGAGCAUCCAGAGGCGGAGGGUGUUUUUAACAUAUAUUCCGGGAUCUCUGUUGCUCCGAGAUCACAGCCUGCUCGAGUGAAGUUCGCCGACCAGGAUCUUACACACACACACACACACAUAACACACAGACAGACAAGAUCCACGAGAGUGGGCUCAACUCUGCAGCAUUCAGAUUGCAGAGAGAAGGAAAUCACUUUCCUUGCUGCGUUUGUAUGAAUCGUCCACCCUCCCCUCAUCUAGACUAUCUCUCUGCAUGCUGUGUGUGCCUGUAUGUGUCUCUGCGUUUAUAGUCCCUUCUCCAGCCACUUUUGGAAAGAGGGUCUUAAGCUAGUGGAUCAAGCCAGUGGUAGCGAUCGCUACCUGGACAAUUUGUCACAGCGUUGUGCUCGACAGGACUUUUCCGGGGGGAGUUCGUCAGGGUUUUUGCGUGCGUCUGUGUUUUGGGGAGGCAGUGCUGGAGGAGGAGGAGGGGUAGAGGUGAGGUGGCAAAAACUACAAGAAGAAAAGUGGAUUUCCAACGAGAAGCCUGCGUACUUUCUUGACCAUGUCCGGGAUCUGUACUCUACUGACGGUGCUAUGCACUUUAGUGACGGUCCUUGGUGGCUCGGCGCUGGGUGAUGCGAAAGCCCGGAGCUGUGCUGAGGUGAGGCAAGCUUACAGUGCGAAAGGAUUCAGCCUCAGCAACAUCCCCUACCAAGAGAUAUCGGGGGAGCAUCUGCGAAUAUGUUCAAAAGGUUUCACAUGCUGCACCUCAGAGAUGGAGGAUAAGCUGAGCCAGCAAAGCAAAUUGGAGUUUGAAAACAUGGUAGAAGAAACCAGCCACGUUCUGCGUACAACAUUUGUUUCCAGGCAUAAGAAAUUUGAUGAAUUCUUCAGAGAACUUUUGGAAAAUUCUGAGAAGUCACUAAACGACAUGUUUAUUCGGACGUAUGGCCAAUUGUACAUGCAAAACUCGGAAGUGUUCCAGGAUCUCUUCGCAGAGCUGAAACGCUACUACACAGGUGGCAAUGUGAACCUGGAAGAGAUGCUUAACGACUUCUGGGCCCGUCUACUGGAGCGCAUGUUCCAGCUGGUAAACCCCCAGUACCAGUUCACUGAGGAUUACCUUGAAUGCAUCAGCAAAUACACUGACCAGCUCCAACCAUUUGGAGAUGUGCCUCGCAAGCUGAAGAUACAAGUUACGAGAGCUUUUGUUGCAGCGCGGGCCUUUGUGCAAGGUCUGACCGUUGGCAGGGAAGUUGCCAACAGAGUAGCAAAGGUCAUUCCAACCCUUGGAUGUAUCCGCGCACUAAUGAAGAUGAUGUAUUGUCCCUACUGCCAUGGUCUCCCCACCGUGAAACCUUGCAACAACUACUGUCUGAAUGUAAUGAAGGGCUGCCUGGCCAAUCAGGCUGAUUUGGACGCAGAGUGGAAUCUCUUUAUUGAUGCUAUGCUCUUGGUAGCAGAAAGGUUAGAAGGACCUUUCAACAUUGAAGCCGUCCUGGAUCCAAUUGAUUUGAAGAUUUCUGAUGCCAUAAUGAAUAUGCAAGAUCACAGCUUGCAAGUGUCAGCUAAGGUUUUUCAAGGAUGUGGCCAGCCAAAACCAAUGAAACCCACGCGUAGGACACGCUCCACUUCAGAAAAUUUUAACUUAAGGUUCAGGCCCUAUAGCCCUGAGGAACAGCCAACAACAGCAGCUGGUACAAAUCUGGACAGGCUGGUUGCUGAUGUUAAGGAGAAACUGAAGUUUGCUAAGAAGUUCUGGUCCACAUUACCUUACACCAUCUGCAAUGAAGAUAAAGUGACUGCUGGUGUACCUGAUGAAGAGGACUGCUGGAAUGGACAUACCAAGGGCAGGUACUUGCCUGAAAUUAUGAAUGAUGGUCUGACCAAUCAGAACAACAACCCAGAAGUAGAUGUGGACAUCACCAGACCAGAUACAACAAUACGUCAGCAGAUCAUGGCACUCAGAGUGAUGAGUAAUAAACUGAAGAAUGCUUAUAAUGGAAAUGAUGUAAAUUUCCAAGAUUCAAUUGAUGAAACUAGUGGUUCUGGGAGUGGAAGUGGUUGCACGGAUGAAAUGUGUUCUCCAGAGUCUGAUAUUUCAAUAACUGAGGCUCCACCAGGACCCAACAAGAGUGAACCUAAAGAUUCUUCCGUCAGACCCUGCCUGCACUGGCUGGUCAUACUUGUCACCUCUGUACUCCUGAUACUGCAAAGACAGUGGAGAUAAACAGUGAUGUACAACAGAGACACUGCUUUUUAAUCAAGGACAAACUCUCUUUUCCUUUGGAUACAUCUUCAAACACACAACUCCAUCUUGGAAACAGUAUCAGUUUUAAAGCAGAAGAGGUAUUAAAGCCUAUUGCCUUUACCCAAAGACCAUUCAGGUACAGUCAAUCAGUGCCAGGCUUCUUUAGAUUCACCAGACAUCAGAAGAAAAGAAAAGUUCGCUGAUGAUCUUUCAACUGCCAUUGGCUUUGUUUUCAGAAACAAGACAACAUCCUCUCUGCUUAUCUUAUGCAGUUAAAGCAAAAAAAAGGAUUUGUUAAAGACAUGGGCUGGACUUGUUAUGAUUUAUACAUAAUUCUGAUUUUAAUAUCUAAGUUCUACUUCUACAGUUUCCACAAAGCCAAAGGAAUGGUUGCAAACCAUUUUGGAUUAAAGGAAUUGUUUAUGUUGUUUCUCUUUACAGAGAUUUCUACAUUAAUGGUGAAGUUCAGUAAUGCAUGAAUAUUGUUGGUCUAGUGGUGCAGUUCUCCUCAACCUGCCAACUAUUUUGUUGGAUUGUCAAUUAGGAAAUAGGAAAUUUGCAAGUUUAUUGACAAGAUUUAUAAUUGGUUUUUCCUUGUCAUCAGUGAACAAUUUGCAGUGUUACAAAUAUGUCUGCAUUAACCCCUAAUGAUCUUCCAUUUGCCUAUUGCUCCCUGUAUUUUUAAUAGGUUCUUUAACAACAAAUCGUCCUACUGUUGCCAGUCAUUUAAGAAAUUUGAAAAAAACAGAAUUCUAGUUACAUUUUCAACUUUUUGUUCUAGUGGCAGUCAUCUAUUUUUAUAUUAAAAAUUUUAAGUAAUUCUAAGUGUUAGCUCAGGGUUUAACUUUCAUGGCAUUGCCUGCAUUUUACCAUAUCUCUAAUGCUCACCACAAUAGUGGCUCGGGAACAUUUAUACUGAAAAAUGGACAAGCUAUACUGUUGCAGAAACACCAUUUGGCAAUAUAUUUUAUGAUUGGUUUGUAUCGUCACCAUUCAUCAGAAGAAAGUAUCUGACUUUUGUAUGAGUUUGCCUUUGCUGUUCUGUGUCGAGGGUAAAUCUGUAGUAAAUGAUUGUGAUUCACUUACAUGCACUAUCUCUCUGAUGUGGUCUGGGUGAAAUUUUCAGUCACAGCAUGUUUCUAUUAAGGGGAAAAUUAGAAUCCAUGUCUUUUUAAUCCUUCAAACACAUGAUGUAGCUUUUAAAAGGUGCAGCUGAUAUAAAGCUGAACAAAGCUUAGAAUCAUGUGAUAACAUGCUUAACCAAAGAACAACUCUAAUGUGUCAGGUGUCAGCUUUCUGAGCAUAACCAUAUCUUACCUAAACCAAAAAGAUUCUCAUUGCAAACUAAGGCCUAUUUAAUACAAAUGAACAUUAUUUUUUGUGAUGAAAUGCCAUUAUUGUGCUUCUUCAUGCUGGACGGAACUGAAAGUCAUUCUCUAAGUACAAUUUCGAACACCUUUGUGAAAGCUCAAUCAUUGUGUAAUGGAAUCAUAGAAUGGUGCAGUGCAGUCUUUGAUAAAGCAUCUAAUUAGCCCCACUUCCCUACUCUUUUUGCAUAGACGUGGAAAUCAUUCAUUGUUGAGGACAUACAUAAAUUCCCUUUGAAAUUUACUACUACAAGUUACUAUUAUCAUUCUUGCAAACAACCUAUUCUAGAUUAUAACCAUUCACUGUAUAAGAACACUUGUCACCUCCCCUGGAUUUUUUUUCUACAAACUAUCUUAAAACCUUGCACCCUCUGGUUAUCAACACUUCAGACAAUACAAAACAGUUUUUCCCUCUCCACUGUCAUCAGAACCGCUCAUAAUUUUGAACAUCUCUAUUUUCUUUCUCUCAGGCUAUUUUUCUGCAUUGGCUGUAGGGCUAAUAAUCUCAUGAUUGUGAAUACUACUUUUGUUCAAGAUGCAUUUCACAAUCGUGUUAGCCCAAGUCCAGAGAUAUUGUGAAGUGUAUUUGAAUUGGAAUAGGACUAACAUAAUGUUAGAAACAAUGUCACCAAAUGUGAACAAGGCCAAGAACGUAACUGGUGCAAUAAUCAAUUCCUUGUCAUGCCGAAUGACGAAAAGAAACUGUAUCAAUAUAAUAGUUGUGAAAUUGAAAAAGACAAAGCAGUAAUUUGUUUUAUUUGUCUUAUUUUUCUAAUUCAAUGAGAAAGGUAUUUUACAUCCUGUGUUGCAUUCGACUUAGGGGUUAAUGAAAAUUCCUUAAGGAAAUUGCCCUCCAAUCUUGACAGCUAUUUAGCCAGUAGCAUUAUUGUUUCUACAUGGGAUAGGAGUGUCAUUGGUAAGCUAACAUUUAUUGUCCAUCCCAGAACCAUGAGCAGGUGGUAACUAGCCGCCACCCUGAAUCACUGCAGCCCAUGUGCCAUAACUGCACUGAGAGUGCUGUCAGGAUGGUUUGGAGCAUUUGGAUUAAUAUUUGGAACCUCCAUUAUUAUUUUUUCCCAUAAAGGUGACUGUAAAAUGUAACUUGAAUUGACAUUCUGCGAGGGAGCUUGGGAAACUUCACUAAUGCAACUGAACUUUGUAAAAAGUAUUAUUUGUAAAAAGUAGUCGGCACAACAUCGAGGGCCGAAGGGCCUGUACUGUGCUGUAAUGUUCCAUGUUCUAUUUAAUUAGUGCCCCAUUAAUUAAUACCUUGAAUAAGGUGAUUGAAUUCAAAAUAUGGACAAAUUAUGAAAGAAAUAUUAAGAGCACAUUUGGUGAAUUAUGUUCAUUUUCUCUGCUGUUGGACCCAUGGCUCAGAAAGGUAACGAGCCUAAAAUGUAUUGUGUAGGUUGUAAGGUCAUACUGAUAUCUGGGGUUUUGAAAGGGGGCAAUACUUUGCAGCACCAUUCCCCAAGAGAUUAAAUAGUUAAAUAUAAUCUCUGAUGUAGUGAAUUGUGGUAUUAUCAUGCAAGAAAUAGAACAAAUAGCUAACUGAUAAUUAUUGAGCUGCUCUCAGUUCAGGUUCAUAUAUUUUUCAUGAGACCCACUGGAAUAUUUAUCAUCAAAAUCUCCCUGUGAAUUUACAUUUUCAAAAAAUGCUUCUUCAAUUUCAUUACCAAAUAUACAGAAACUAUUUUCUAAAUGAACUAAAUGGUCACUUGCAUGCAGGAGGACUGUUGCCAUCACUGCUGCUAAAGGAAACAUCAUUAGUAACAAAGCACCAUUGGAUAAAUUAAUUAAAAAGUAAACCAACCCUCUAGAUCUAUAUCUGAGGAUUUUAAACAAAGUGGCUACAGAGAUAUGGAGAGCCAUAGUUGUGAUUUUCUUGAAUUGUCUCAAGUUUAGAAUGGUCCUUAUAAAGUGUGAAUCAAGAAUGCAGAGAGAAAGAAAACAUGGGGAGCAAUAGAUUAGUUAAACUGACAUCUGUCAUAGGGAAAUAGAUACCACCGGGAGGGGUAAUAAUAGCUGUUGAAUAUAUGAAAAGUAAAUCAUAUUUGUAAUAUACAGGGUAUGAAAGAGGGAACCAAUAGAGGUUGUGCAUAUGGAUGUUCAAAAAGCAGGAAGUUUGGGAUUGCAUGUAAUAUAUUGGAAUGGAUCAAAGAUUAUAGGCAAAAACAGAUGGUAGGAGUAAAUGGGGCAUUUUCAGGUUGGAAGGCUGUAAUGAAAAGAACACUGUAAGGUUCAGUACUUAGGUCUUAGCUAUUUAUAAUCUGUAUGAAUACCUGACAAUACUAUAAUUAGAUGAGAAAGAAAACUCUGAAGAUGACAUACAGCAUUAUGAACAGAAGAAGGGAAUGGAAAAGAAUAUGACAGGUAGAAUUAUAAAAUUAAAAAAAUGAACAUGUCCACUUUAGUCAGAAAAUUAAAUAUUUUUUUAAAUGGCUACGACUGAGAAUUGUCCUCAGAGGGAUUUGGGAAUCCUUUCAUAUGAGUCACAAAAGUUAACAUCCUGUAUAGCGAGCAAUUAGAAAACAAAUGGAGUAGUAGUCUUCAUCACAAGAUCAGCAAUGUUUAAGUAAGAUUGCCCCUUCAAUUCCAGAUGCAGUACAUUUACCUUAGAAGGGUUGCAAAGAAGGUUUGUUAGACUGGCUCCUAUGAUUGGGAGAUUGUUGUCUGACGAGGUACUAAGUAAACUAAGUCUUGUUUAAGUUUUGAAGAAUAAGAGGUGAUCUCAGAUUAUAAAUUUCAAAGGGGCUUGACCGGGUAGGUUCUGGGAGGAUGUUUCCAUUGACUGCAGAUUUUAGUCUCAGGACAAGCGGGUGACCAUUUUGGACUGUGCAAGGAGAGAUUUAUGGGCAUCAAGGAAAACGGGGCUAGUGUUGAAGGUGGAGUUGAAUUGAAAGGUCAUCCAUGAUCAUAUUGAUUGGUAAAGUAGGCUUGGAAGACCAAAGAGCUAAUUCUGUUCCAGUUCUUUAUUUUCUGCUGUGAGCACACAUGAUAAAUGCUGAGGUACUCUCACAUCACCAUCUCAUUAACAUAUGCCUGCCAGUAUAUUUUAAGGAUAAUAAAUUGUAUCUGUGAAUUUACAUGUAUCAACACAAAAGAGGUUUUCUAUGAUUUUUAGCAAGAUCAGAUGAUUUUGCAACAGAAAACAAAUGGAUGAAAUCCUUUUCUAAAGUGAUAGAUUGUGCUCUUCAAUACCUAAUUUAGAGCUCAUUUAUGUCCCCAUAUAAGGGAAAGCUGGAAUUCUUUUAAUCAGACAUGUGGAAUGAGUUCAUGUUUAAAUUAUUUGAAGUAGGUUCAAGUGAAAGUAAAGUAGCUACUAAUAAGUUAUUCUGCGUUUUUACCUAAAUGUUUACAACAUUUAAAACCUAAUAGGAGAGACUUAUGGAGGAAAAAUUGUCUUGAAGGGAGUAGAGAUAUAGGUGGAACUGUAGCAUUAUUACUGUAUAAGUUAUUACUUAAGUUACAGCCAUUUCAAGUUUCCAGUACAAGUUUCAAGUCACAGGUUGAUUGAACUCAUUAAAGCUGUACUAUUCCAUUGAAUCUAUAAUGUUUUCUGCAAGAACAAAGAUCAGUUUUGAGGCACCAACGCCUUUGAUGCUUUAUGCUGCAGUGUUUCAGCCUGUAUAUGGUGGAAAAUGUGUAAAACUUUACACUCCCUGCAGGUACAGUUUUGAGGUCAUUCAUAACAUUUUUAAUCAUUUCACACAUUUUAUUGAGAAAGUUGACUUGAGUAGAAAGCUCACAUUAAUAUUUUCAUUAGUAUUUCUUUUAACCCAUAAAGUUCUGCCAUAAAUACUAAACACAAAUGUUUGACAUAAACGUACUUGUAAUCUUCAUUUGAUCACAUAUUAGCCUUAAUUUUCUAAAUACUUCCUUGAACACUCAGGAAGAAUGGUAUUUAUCUAAAUAUUUCUAAAUGAAAAUUUAGUAUGCAUUGUAUGAUGUCAUCAUCAACCAAUGUAAUGCAGAAUCUAUGUCAUGUGAUGCAAGUUAUUCUUUGAUGCUGGGAGGUGAGCAGCCUUGGGUUGAUGAACCUUUAUCUACUUACAGUGCACAAACUGUCAUAAAAUCAUGUAACAUUAUGUGAUACAAUAUGCUAUUUUCCGGUAUCACAUAGUCAAAUAAAGCU